CCUGGAGAAGUUUAAAGCUUGAGUGAGUGAGUGAGUGAGUGAUUCGCGACUGCGUGCAAGAUACACACGCCUUUAAGCUUAAACACACACAGAGAGAUCAGUUCUUCAUCGCAGCAUUUGAGCGUGAUGGUGCAGUGCGCACUCUUUUGAUCUUGUUGGAUCAUCAUCUCCCUCUAAUCCAAGACUCACCUCCGACAGAACCACCUCCAGCUCAUCAACGAAUCGGCUACAUCAAUUCAUCAAAGUGAGGAGGAAGGUGCAAAGAUGGCCACUAUGAACGGCAUCAAUGGUAAUGGAAUGGCAUCCGGAUCAAAUGGCAUCUCUGGUUUAUAUGCAACAUCUCAGCCAAAGAUCACAAUGCGCUCUCUCACAUCUGAUCGUGCUAACUUUGUGCUAGAGAACGUUGAUAUGAGCUUUGCCAACUCUCUACGAAGAGCAAUGAUUGCCGAUAUUCCAACAUGCGCAAUCGAUAUGGUAGAAAUUCAGAAUAAUACAACCCCUUUACCCGAUGAAUUCUUGGCACAUCGAUUAGGUAUGAUCCCUUUGAUCAGUGCAAACGCAUCUCAAGUUUUGGUUGAUCAUCGUGAAUGUAUUUGUGAAGAAGGAUGUGACAGAUGUAGCGUUGAAUUAACCCUCCAUGCAAAAUGCGAAGAACGUGGAAUUAUGCCCGUUACAUCCAAGAUGCUAAUCAGAUCGAAUAGUCUCGGUCAACCUUAUGAAAAUGAACCUGAUAUGGAUAUGGGCUCAAUGGGUCCAACGCCAACAGCACAAAGGUCUUUGGAUUUCGGAAAACCGAUCGGAUUCGAUAAUCCAAGACAGGAUGGAAUCAUGUUGGUAAAGAUGCGUAAAGGACAAGAGUUAAAGAUUCGAUGUAUCGCACGAAAAGGAUUUGCAAAAGAACAUGCUAAAUGGUCACCUGUCAGCACAGUCGGAUACGAGUAUGAUCCGCAUAACAUCCUUCGGCAUACGGCAUAUUGGUAUGAAUUGGAUGCAAAAGCUGAAUGGCCUCUAAGUGAAAAUGCAAGGGAAGAAGAGCCACCUCCAGAAAAUGCACCGUUUGACUAUAACAGGAAGGCCAACCGAUUCUACUUUGAUGUCGAAACUGUUGGAAGUAUGAGUCCUGUGGAAGUCGUAGAGACCGCUUUGGGAAUUCUUGAAUUGAAAACUGCUCAAGUUGUACAAGAGUUGGGUAUUCUGAUCGAUGGACCAAGCGAAGAAGAUGAGAUGCAAAAUGGAGAUGCUGGUGAAGGGGGAUGGAAUCAAAACGCUGGCAAUGGGGGCGGCGUAUACGAUGGCUAUGGUAUGAAUGGCGGAGGUGCAAGGGGAGGUCCAGCGUAUGAUUAUUAAACACGAUGCCAAUUAAGAUGUCGGAACAAUGUACUUUUUUCCUAAAACUCAAAUUCUCAACCCCCAAAAAGAAAGCCUUUACUUUUCUGGCUUGCAACACACAUAAAUUACCAUGUAAAAAUAGGCAAAGCGUCACUUUUUCUCAAUCAUUGAUGCAUUUCGAAAUAGAG